GUCUGUACCUCUCUUAUACCGCGCGGGACUUUACCUUUGACCGACAACUUCACGCAUGCGGCUGUGGCUACUGCUCGCGUGGGUGGCGGCCAUGGCGCUUGCGCAGAGCAACGUGACGACGACGGUGCCGACGACCAGCGUGCCGUCGCCCGUGCCAAGCAUGACGCCGAGCCCGUCGCCGAGCACCAAGGCGCCCGAGCCGAGUCCGUCGCCCGCGCCGUCGCCCAAAACGGAUGCGCCAAAGCCAUCGCCAUCGAUGUCGCCAUCUCCGUCGCAAGCAACACCGCAACCGCCGGCGCCCAGCACAAACGCGCCCGCGCCAUCGACGUCGACACCGCCUGCCAGCCCAACGGUUUCUACCAGCCCACCCCAUACAGAACCGACACCGACGGCUGCGACGACCGAGCCCGUGAAUGACGCAACCUCGACGACCCCGCCCACGACGAAGGAACCGCGCUCUACAAAUAGCACCACGACGGGCGACGGCGCCAGCGACUCGUCGUCCAGCACAACGAUCAUUGCCGUCGGCGUCUCGGUCGGUGUCAUUGGGCUCGUCGCCCUCGUCGGCUUCCUCGUUUUCGUACAGCGCCGCAACGGCAACGGUGACGACGACGACGAUGUCAAGGAAAGCAACCGCGGGUACGCCUCAACGACGUACGGUCGCGCUACGUACGGCCGCGCGACCUAUGCGUCGGGUCCUGCGCCGCCGCCGACAUCGUCGCUCGUCGCGCCGUACUUGGCGUCAUCCUUCAAGGCGCCGCUGCCCGACGUGUACGACUACCCGAACGACAACGUCGCGCGCCCGGCGCCGCAGCGCGCAUUGGAGCGGCCGACGGCCGAGUCGGGCCACUCGGUCGCGAUGCUCGAGUCGCGUGUUUCGCACAACUGGGACUCGGUCGGGACCGACCCGAUGGCAAGCGACGUCGGCUCCAACGCCAGCGAUAUCACCGGCGGCUACCAGGGGUCCGAAGACCGCAGCAGCUACAGCUCGCUCAUGCAAACCGCGCGGCAGCUCAACAACGAUUCGUUCUUAUCCGCAAAAAGCUCGGACGCCGCCGACGACGAGCGCGACCCGUCGAUUUCGAGCGACGGCUUUAGCGACCGGGAUACCGUCGUGUACAUGGGCGCCGUUUAACGCCACGUCGAUUGUCGUUGCAUCGUCGGCGCCAGCUGCGAUUGGCGAACGAGCCAGCACCAAUGCAACCACGUCGAACGCGGUUGUGUUUCUUUUUUAUUUAUUCAAAUAUACCGUGUUUUGUAAGCGCCCA